UUCUGGGUAAACUGUUAUGUCUGCCCUGCACGUUGACAUUGUGCUAGUGAGCUGACAGAAGAACUUGUCACACAGGUCAGUCCUUCUUCUUCUUUCUCCCGCUCUCUGUGUGUUCGCUGCGACGAACAGAAAGGGACGGAGGCGUCCGGAACCUGCUGCUGUUAACGGCUGCUGUGUUUACAGGCGCUUACACACCGGGCGGCUAACGUAAGCAUAACCGCUAACGUUCACCGGGAGGUUAACCAAGGAGGAUAACUUCUGUGCAGGAUGGGAGCCUCGCUGUCCACACCUGCUGCUCCUUCAGUCAGGGCGGAGGCCAUGAUGGCCACCCCCCCUCCGGGCUGCCCCAUGCACCAGGAAGCCCAGCCUGUCAAAGUGUCUCCACCUCCAGAGUGCCCCAUGCAUCAAGCUCAGCCUGUGAAAGCGUCUCCUCCGCCGGAGUGUCCGAUGCACCGUGCAGAGCCAGGUCCAGCUCACCAGGAACGGGCCUAUGAGUUUGUGGAGUGUCCCAUGAAGGCGGCAGAAGGCAUGAAGAGUGACAUCGACCCAUCAAAUAUGAUGCCUCCCCCGAACCAGAAACCAGCUCCAGACCAGCCCUUUGAACUCCCCGUGGCCAGACAGGAGUCCUCUAUUCCCCGCCACGACACAGACAAGAAGUGGGUGUACCCAUCGGAGCAGAUGUUCUGGAACGCCAUGCUGCGGAAAGGGUGGCGGUGGCGUGAAGAUGACCUCGAAGCUCAAGAUAUGACCAACAUCAUUAAAAUCCACAACCAGAACAACGAGCAGGCCUGGCAGGAGAUCCUGAAAUGGGAGGCCCUACAUGCAGGUGAGUGUCCAUGUGGGCCCACCUUGAAGAGGUUUGGGGGAAAAGCCAAGGAGUUCUCGCCCAGGGCUCGCCUCCGCCACUGGAUGGGCUACGAGCUGCCAUUUGACCGCCACGACUGGAUCAUCGACCGCUGUGGGAGGGAGGUGCGCUACGUCAUUGACUACUAUGACGGUGAGAUCAACAAGGAGAACUACCAGUUCUCCAUCCUGGAUGUACGCCCCGCCUACGACUCUUUAGGCGCCGUCUGGGACCGUAUGAAGGUGGCCUGGUGGCGCUGGACCUCCUAA